AUGGGCUUAGGGUCGGUUAUAGUAAGAUAUGGUGGGGGUAAAGAAAGGGCACAAGAGCAACUAUAUGGUGAUGUUCAUGAGUCCUACGAUCAAUUACGAUGGUAUGUAGAAGAUGUUAAGAAGAUAAACCCAGGUAGCUACAUUCAUGUUGAACAACACGAGGGGAGGUUUUCAAAGCUAUUCAUCUGCUAUGCCGCCUGCAUAAAUGGUUUUUUGAAUGGUUGUAGACCACUUAUAUUUAUGGAUGGUACUUUUUUGAAAGAUCGAUUUAAAGGUAUACUCCUCAGUGCCGUGGCAUAUGAUGGAAAUCAGGGGAUAUUUCCAUUAGCCUAUUGCAUUUGCGAUCAAGAAAAUAACGUCUACUGGAAUUGGUUCUUACAAGGUUUAUGGUCUAUUCUCUACGAAAUGCCAGAUCCAUACAACCCUCCACACAAGCUAGUUAUAAUAUCUGAUGCAGAUAAGGGGAUCAGAGAAGCAGUCAGAGAAUAUUUUCUGGAUGCUAUACACUCUAGAUGUGUUUUGUAUCUAGUUGAGAAUUUCAGGAUGAAGUUGAGGGAUUUGGGUUUCAAGGCAAAUGAUACUCAGAUUUUGGGGAAUCUUUUGCAAUCCGCUUGUUACAAAUAUACUAAAGCAGAAUGGAAUGACUAUGUGGACGACAUUAGACUGGCGGACCAACGAGCCUACAAUAUUGUCAUGAACUACGCUAUAGAGAACUGGGCUAACGCAUUUUUUUCCCGGAAUUAG